UUUUGCAUCGCAUCGCAGUAGCCAUGAAGACGUUAGUUUUGUUAUUCGCCGUGCUGGCCGUAGCUAGUAGCGCCACCUACUAUGAUUGGUCCCAGUACAAACGCAUCGAGGAGCUCGACUCUUUCUGGGAACAGCUGGCUCCGGAAUUGCAAGCCCUGCGUCCCACUUCAUCUGCCGGAAGUCGCAUUGUCGGUGGACAGGAAGCCUCGCCCAAUCAGUUCCCCUAUCAGGUGGCCGUGCUGAGCAUAUUCGGAGAAGCUGGUGGUAUUUGCGGUGGAACUGUUCUAACUAAUAACUUCAUCCUGAGCGCAGCUCAUUGUCUGCGAAGUGGUACAACUGAUGCAACUGAAGGUCAAGUUAUUCUAGGAGCUCAUAACCGUGUUAUAAACGAACCCACUCAACAACGGAUCGAUUUCGGUAGUUUCACGAUUCAUGAGAGCUAUAUUGCCACAUUCUUGCGUAACGAUAUUGCCACCAUUCGAUUGGCAACACCGGCCACAUUCACGCCUCAAGUACAGCCGAUCAACCUACCAGCUCUUUCGGAACAAAGCCGCACUUUUGCUGGAAUGGUCGGUUGGGCUUCCGGAUUCGGACGAACCUCGGAUGAUAACCAGUUCGCUUCCAAUGUUGUUUACUACACGACCAACCCAAUCAUGACCAAUGCUGAUUGUGUGGCCAUCUGGGGAUCCAGCCUGUUGAUUGGGGCCCAAAACAUUUGUCUAUCGGCGGAAGGAGGCCGCUCUGUUUGCAACGGAGACUCCGGUGGUCCAUUGGCCGUUCGCGAAGCCAUCGGAAGCGUCCAGGUUGGAAUUGCCUCGUUCGUACACGCUAACGGCUGCGCCUCCGGACAUCCUUCCGGUUUCGUGCGAGUUACACAUUUCCUCAACUGGAUCGCCACCAACUCGGAUGUUGUUUUGCGGCAACGACAAGUUCUGCAGAAGAAUAGAUAUCACCUGCUGCUAGUAAAGACGAUAAAAACGAUUGCCCCGAUUGAAUGUGGUCAGUAUUUUCUUCAUUUUAUAGUCGGACGAAGCAAUCGCGGUGAAUUGAAAAGGGCAAUCGCAGCAACCAUGUUCUUUAGAGGUUUACUUCUGGGGGUCAUUGUCGUCACCAUGGUAUCGAAGGGCUCAAUCGUGUUUGCUAAACCGCCUGCUAGAUCGUUGAAAUCCUCCACGUAUUUUAUUAAGAAAUUGCCUUUCGAUCUGAGAAUGCAAAGUGCAGUUGUUCCAGCGAUAGCGGGUGGUGUCGUGGCAAAUGGGAAGCAAUUUCCGUUUCAGGUGGCCAUUUUAGUGAAUUUUCCUGAUGGGUCAGGGACGCUUUGUGGUGGGGUGCUAAUUUCAGAAGAGUAUCUGCUAAGUGCUUCGCACUGUUUGGGUGGUGCAAUCGACGGAACCGUUAUCGUCGGAACAAAUACCAUAAGUUUUCCCGGAGAUCCAGCUGGCAUUGAAAUACCGGUUACGUUUCAUGAUAUGUUGGUGCAUCCCAAAUAUAACCCAGUUGAUGUUACAAAUGAUAUUGCCAUUUUGAGACUUCCGAUUGUUCUCAAGCUAAGCGACAGAGUAAAACCGAUAAGGUUGCCUUCUAAGUCGGAAGCUCAGAUGGAUCUUGUUGGUGUGGAAGCAACUGUUUCCGGAUGGGGAGCUUUGGGUAGUGAAGAGUAUGAAGAAAUCUCUGAGGAUAUCAAGCUGCAGCUACGUUUCGUGAGUAAUCCAGUCAUAUCGAACGAGGCCUGUGAGAAGGUUUUUCCAAAUAUGAUUCAUGGUUUUCACGUGUGUGUUUCUGGAGAGCACGGCCGGAAUGCGUGUCAGGGAGACUCCGGUGGACCACUAACUGCUGUCAUCAAUGGUCAAACAACUCUGAUUGGAGUCGUUUCUUAUGGGUCCAUUGACGGUUGCGAGAAUGGUUUCCCUGCAGUUUAUUCCCGAGUCGGUGCUUAUCUGGACUGGAUAUCAUAUCAUACAAAUGUUCCGAUUGGAGCCUAAAUUGUAGUAAGGCAC